CGGGGUGUCGCUCCUGCCAGGGCACCCUGUCACGCGGGGAAGGAGUCACGGGAGACAUCGUCUCCAGGAAACAAGGGGUAACCUCGCGCUAAUGGGCUGUAGGAUCAGCUCCAGGGCAACCUGGACACACCCUGCGCUGAGCUUGAGUUUAAUGCCAAAGCUAGUAUCCCUGUAUCUGACCCUCUCUUUAGCCCAGGCAGAGCAGGUGGGAUCUGGCUACGGACUUAAUGCCUCAGAUUGAUUUUACGUAGAAGUCAUUUGGAUGCUGGAGUAAAAGAAGGUUUCAGAUACUGAUGAACUCUUUGAUAGCUACAAAGACUUGCUGAAUUGCAGAGUUCCCAAUGGGCAUUCAGAUUCUUGGUGCUGGUAACACAGGGGCUAUGUGUAAUUUUUUCAUAUUAAGUUUUUGAAAUUUCGAGAGUAAUUCCUUGCCCUGAUUGCUACUCAAACGUCCUAUAACAUCAGGUAAAUUACAGUCCCGAACUUAACUUCUCUUAAGUAAACCUGGGAUAUGCUUAGGUUUUGUAUAUGCACCAUCCACAGAAUAGAAAUUUCAUAAUUCCAUUUUUGUGUAUUUUGUUUCAUAGAUAUUGAAAAAAUUAGAGCAAAUUCCUUUGGGGUUGACUUUGUUGUUAUUGAAAAUCUGAAUCAAGCCAGUUUGUGUAAGGACUAUUUUGCCCUUUCUGAAACAGAUUGCUAAUUUUUCAUAAUCUGUUCCAUUUAACAUUAUUGGGUAAUAAGAUGUUCAACAUAAAUAAAUUGAACUAAAUGAUCAUGAUUUGCAUCUUUGGUAAUGGAGAUCUUAUAAAAUAUAACAGGAUUCUCAUUCAUUAGGCAUUGUGUUACCUCUCUGAUACAAAGUAGCUAAGGUUUUACACUAAUUAUCCCUAGAAUGGAAGGGCAAGGAUUUGCAGUUUGUGCCUAGUUUUAAUAUUUCGAUUUCCCUAAUUUAAGAGUUCUUACUGUUGAGUGGGACAUGACAGCUGUUUUAUCUUGUCAUCCAGGAUCAUCUGAUUUAAGUAUUUCUAAUUUUUAUGUGUGAAUGCAAUUUACAAGGUCAGGCUGCUUAAGUAGGCUUGCCCAAAAACUAGAUACCACACAGUCUUUGGCUUUUACUAGUAUUCGUAGUUGUGUUACAGGGCGUUAAAUUCUAGCUCUAAGAAAGUUGGUUUGUGGGGAGCAGUACUUAUAUUCUAAAUGGAUAAACAAAAAACUUUGUACUUGACUUUGGACUACAUGAUGUGUCUGUGGGACUUUAGUUUUGCUUUUUUCAUAUGGUCUCCAUAGAGUACAACGUUAAAAUUGUAUGUUCUACUCCCUCAGCUUAUGAACUUGGCAGCAUAGGGAGGUGGCAGGAGGAAAUCCAUGAAUCAGCAUCCAAGUAUUUUAGAACAUGCUCAAGAGGUGAGCACUUAACAAUAGAGUUUGAGAAUCUAGUAGAAAGUGAUGAAGGGGAGAGCCCAGGAAGCAGUCAUAGGCCUCUUACUGAGGAAGAAAUUGUUGACCUAAGAGAAAGGCAUUAUGAUUCCAUUGCCGAAAAACAAAAAGAUCUUGAUAAGAAAAUUCAAAAAGAGUUAGCCUUACAAGAAGAGAAGUUAAGACUAGAAGAAGAAGCUUUAUACGCUGCACAGCGUGAAGCAGCCAGGGCAGCAAAGCAGCGAAAGCUCUUGGAGCAAGAAAGGCAGAGAAUUGUGCAGCAAUAUCAUCCUUCCAACAAUGGAGAAUAUCAAAGUUCAGGACUAGAAGAUGACUUUGAAUCUUGUUUGAGAAAUAUAAAGUCACAGUAUGAAGUUUUUCGAAGUAGUAGACUCUCAUCAGAUGCUACAGUUUUGACACCAAAUACAGAAAGCAGUUGUGAUUUAAUGACCAAAACUAAAUCAACUAGUGGAAAUGACGACAGCACAUCCUUAGAUCUAGAGUGGGAAGAUGAAGAAGGAAUGAAUAGAAUGCUUCCAGUGAGAGAACGUUCCAAAACAGAGGAAGACAUUCUACGGGCAGCACUUAAGUAUAGCAACAAGAAGACUGGAAGUAAUCCUACAUCAGCCUCUGAUGAUUCCAAUGGGCUGGAGUGGGAGAAUGAUUUUGUUAGUGCCGAAAUGGAUGAUAAUGGAAAUUCCGAGUAUUCUGGAUUUGUAAAUCCUGUAUUAGAACUGUCUGAUUCUGGCAUAAGGCAUUCUGACACAGAUCAACAGACUCGAUAGGGUAAAUUGUGUGACCUUGUUUAUCAGUUAUGACCAAAUGUUAAAAACCAACUAGAAUGUAUAAGUGAUUGUGCUGAGCCUUUUUGUAAGGGAGAUGUGUAAGAAACCAUGUUGUAAAUGCUUAUUUUAUUAGAAAGGAGUAGGGAUGAUAGGAUCUGAAUUGAUACAGAAUUAAGUGCAAUUUCAUCAUCUGCCUUCUGCUUUUCAAGACCAAUUUAAUGGUCCUGUCAUGUUACCAAUUAAAUUUACUUUAAGUCUUUUCUUUAUAGCAUUUCUGUUUACUAUGGUAGAUUUCCACUCUCCAUUUUUUUAAUUAAUUUUACUUUGAAUGAUUUAUGAAGCCUAUUCAUUGUCUUUAACUAUGAAAACAUUAAGACUUUUUUUGUUAAUUCUCAGCAGAUGUGAAGGAAGCAUGAGGAGGGAUCGUCAGAUUCAGAUUUAGAAUAGUGUUCCCUUUUCCAGCAUUAUUUCUAUGACUUCUUUGGAUUUUAUUAUCUAAUAGUCAGUACAGUUGAUUUGAGUAGAUGACUCUAAGAAAUGCAGAAGUAUCAGCAUUACAUGUCCUUAUUUACAUGUCCUAGUAUGAUAAUGUUGAUUCAAUCUGAACAAAAGAUAAUAUAAAAAUAACCCUUCAGAGUUUGGACAUUUCAAGUUGGUAAUAAUAAAAAAAUAAUACUUAAGAAGAUAUAUAUAUAUAUAUAUAUAUUUAGUUUUUUCCACUUCAUUUUACAUGCCACUAUAUUGACUUUAAUUGAUAUAUAGUAUUAAGUUUUUAGGUGCCAUUAUUUUUUAAAAAUUCUAUAUUUCCAAUGAAUGAUCUUAGAUUUUACACAGAACAUAUUCUCUGCAUGAUUUAAGAAAGGAAGAUCUAAAAAGGUAAUACGGGUAUUUCAAAUAAAAUCCUUUCUGGUAUGAAAGGCUCCAUUGAUUUUAUUAAGCUUUCAUUUACCUUGUAGUACAAGGUGCUUUAAUGGGAUAGAACUAAGCAUAUCAAUAUCUAUAACUGCAUUUUGUUAUAGACAAUCAACUGUUCUUUUCUCUAAAAUGUAUGUGUCAAUUUAAAAGGCCAGGAAUAGAAAACACUCCAUAAUUGCUUUCCUUGAUUUUGCUGAGGAUUUGGUAUGAUUUUAGUAAGCAAACUGUUUUUUGGUUUUUCCUUUUGCAACAAUGACAGUGCAUGUUCUUAUAAAUAUAGGAAGGUCCAGAUAUAAAUAGUAACCUGAAGUUCUUGCUGUACUUAAAAAAAAAUCAUGUGGCCCUUUCAAUAUUUGAACUGCUAAGCAAUGACAUCUGUAGUUUUAUCUCCUUUUUUAUGUCAUAGAAAUUAAUAUGAUACUUUAAAUAUGUAAAUAUAAUACAUUAGGUAAUGCCAUUAUUUAUAUCUGUCUUAAUUUAAGUUGUAGCUGUGUCUUGGAAAUAUUUUUAAGGUAAUCUAUAUUCACAUUGCCUGUGUUAAUGCUUUUUAAAGUUUGUAUACAUCAGAUGUAUAUUUUUGGUUUGGCAUAAGCUACUAUUGUAAUUUUUCUUGGCUUUUUGUUCAUAAAGAAUUUUUUGAAGGAAUGGUAACAAAUGGUAAUUUACAAAUGGUUGUGAAUAAACACAUUUUUACACUUAAAGGUA